AUGAUUAAUCUAUCUUCUUUUAAAAACCUAUUAGAUCUUUUGCAAUUGGCAGAUGCAUUAUGCGAGAAAAAUCUCCAGAUGGAUUGUAUACGAAAAAUAAAGAAAACAAUUAACGUAUCGAACGUCAUGUACUUUUUUAACCUUAUCAACGACAUAAACGAAGAAUAUCACAAGGAGGAAUUGAUGAAAUAUUGCUUCCACUUCUAUUUUAAAAACAUGAUGACUGUAAUCCAGACAGACGGUUUUGAAGAAUUGGAUGUCGAAACAAAGGCUAUGUUAAGAGACAAAGGGAACACCUUUUUGUCAUCAGAAAUUAGUAGUUCUGGAUAUUUAGAAUAAUAUAUUUCUUAGU